AUGCGCGUCAAACCAUGGAUAUAUUCAUGCGUCAAACAGUCAUUAACGGCAUUUUCUAUUCUAUGCUUCACCUGUCAAGUUUUCAACGUUUACAAAUGUUUUCAACUGAAAGUUUCUUCGGGUGCAUUUCGUUAUUUGAGCGAUGAUUGGAAGAGCUCAAGCAAUUUUGCUAGCAAUUCCUCAGUCGAAAAAACUUGGAAUGAAGAACACACUGUUAUUUCGUUAAAAGAUCGGUUGCUGCUUCUUGGAAAGCCUAGAAACACAACAUUCAUCGACAACCAAAAAACUGUUUACAUCGAGGGCAAGUUGAGAAAGCUUCCAAUAUGGCAACAUUUUUUACGAUAUAAAAAAUUCGAACCGCAAGAAGACGAGUUUGGUGAAACAACAGAAGAUUAUUAUUUUCUAGUUGUGGUGCUGCAAGUUCGAUUGUAUGCUUAUGAUAAGGCAAAAUGGUCAAUAAAUGAACUCAAGCAAUGGUUCCAUUAUUUACUUUUGGCUGGAGUAGAACAUAUUCUUAUUUGCGAUCAUUAUGCAUCCAAGGAUGAAAUGUUCAAAAACCAUAUAAAAAAAUAUAUAGAUUAUCAGCUUGUUACUUAUGUAGAAUGGAGUGGAGUGAGAAAUCCUAUGGCCUCUCAGACCAAAUGCUAUCAAAGAUUUAUUAGAAGGUUUAAAAAAUAUCACCUGUGGCACAUGGCAAUAGAUAUCGAUGAAUAUCCUUUCUCACCGACAGAUGGUCAAGAAAAUUUCCUUGUUCGGUAUUUGCAAAACGUUUCAGAAGAAAUUAGUGAAUUAUCAAUGGACAACUACUUAAUGUUAGGCCGGGGGAAAAGAUCUGAAAAUCUUGUCAUAAAACGGAUAACAAGAAUGACGAAGAAACCAGCAAAUUAUUUGAGUAAACCUAUCUAUAGGCCUGCAAGUGUCCUGAGUGCAGCCGUACACCACAACCAUUUAAAACAUGGACUCUCUAGAAAUGCUGGAAACACGUUGAAAAUGCUGCAUUAUUGGGGUGGUAGGGAUCAACAUUGGGGUCCUGAUACAGCAAAGACGUUAAAUAUCACUGAGGAAAUGCAUCUCAUGAGUAAAUUUUGGGCCUCAAAAUUAGAAAAUUCUCUUUUAACUUUUGAUGAAAAGUCUGCACUUUCCAACAGUACUGGCCCUUAG